GGAGAAGAGAAGCGGUCAUCAGCUGAGAGGAAGGUGUCGAUAGAGUGAGCUGAGUUGGUUGGCUGUCGAGAUCUGACGUCGCUUUGGCAGAUCACCCAUCGGCCGCAGCGCGCCAGUAGAGGUGAGCACCGCCGAAAUGAGAGAGAGAAGAUCUGAUGCGAUGCGAUCUGCUCACUGUGGAUGGGCGGCGUCGUGUGCCCGUGUGUGUGUGUGUGCAGGAGGGCCAUGAGUGAGCGUGUUGUCGGGCUGCUGGACGGCCGUGAUGUCUAUGAGGACGGCCGUGAUGUCUAUGAGGACGGCCACGGCGGCUAUGCUGUGAAGGUUGAGGGCGAGCGGGUGGCCAUCGACCCGUCAUUCAACAGAGAUGUCAAGUUCUGCUUCAAACACCACCAGUGAGCGACCGAGCCGCACACAGCCGUGUUGAGCAUUUCUGACUUGGUGUGCCAUUCUGUGUGUCAGGCCAUCCAAGCGCCGCGGUCAGGACCAGCACAACGGGCCACAGCAGCCGGCAGCAGCAGCAGCAGCAGCAGCAGCAGCAGCAGCAGCAGCAGCAGCAGCAGCGGCGGCGGCGGCGGCCAGCGAUAGCAACGGCAUCACCAUCCCGAGGUGAGGAGCCCUUGCCUCUCUCUGUUGCUUAUGCCUCGUGUGUGGCUGGUGAUUGGCGUUGUGGCUGCUCUCUCUUUCUCUCUGUGUGUGUGUGUCAUCGGCAGUCCCUUCGUUGGCGGCGGCGCCACUCUGCGCCGUCGGACCGGCACAUUGCCAUUGUCUGGUGCGCGAUAUGAGGUGGUGCAGGAGGGCACCGGCAGAGUGCCCACACUCAACGACACCGUCAAGUACGACUGGGUUGAGUGGUCUGAUGCAUUCGACGGGCGGGACAAAGUCCUCGAUAGGCGUGGGCUGGUGUGGCGUGUGUCUGGUGUGGCGGGUAACUGGUUGAGUGAGGCGUUGGUAACGAUGAGGGAGGGCGAAGUGAGGCAAAUCAGACUGCCAGCGGAAUGGCCUGUCCCUUACGGUCAGCUGCGUUUGAUCAGCAUAGAGUAGGAGAGAGAGUCCACACACACACAGACACAGACACACAUGGGGGCGGCUGUGUGUGUCACACACUGAUGUGGGUGGCUGGGGGCUCUUCACUCGUCGCCUGUCUGACUGGCUGGCUGUGUGCCUCACUUUGAGCGAUGUGUGUGUGUGUGGGUCUAUGGGGCAUGUGGUUAUCUUUCUCCCUGUCUAUAGGUGUCGAUACAGCAGAGCAGUGAGACCCCCACAGUCAAUCGCCUGCUAUGCCUGUGACAGUGUACUGCGUAAACAGACACACGAGAGCUGAGAUGCCUUUUGAGCUGCCGUAGAUGGGAUGGCUGUGGUUUGAUUUCACACUGACUGACCCAAGUUAGUCUUGGACUGACCGACAGAGACACUGACUGUCUGACUGACUGACUGACUGUGGUAUGCUGUGAGACCAGUCAGCCAGCCACGGGAGGGAGAGAGGGAGGGGUGGUUCGCAUCUCUGUCUGCACACUCACACCGAUGCCAUCACACACACACAUGAGGGGUUUUGCCCGCCUUUUCCUUUGCCUGUGGCACUCCCAUCGAUGUCAAAACGCACGCACACACACACACACACACACUUGUCGGUGUGGUUUUGCUCCCGUGUGUUGUUUUGACCGCCAUUGCUUUUGGCACAUGAGCGACCUCUCUGUGUUUCUCUGUGUCUCAAUCUGUGUGUGUCGCUGUGUGCGUGUGUGUCUCAAUGUGUGUGCGGAUACAGUCGUCCAUUGUCUACAACGUGAUGUGUUGACAUAGAGGGGAGAGUGAGGGACUGUCAAGUGGGCACCGACGGAGUCAGCCAGACAAAUGGCAAAUGGUCUCUUCUCUCCUUCUCGACACACACAGACAGACAGACAGACAGACAGCGGUGGAUGGCUAGACGGCCCCUUCUCGGCAGCAGACUGCUUAGCUAGGGCGAGUGCCCUCUGGGGGGGGGCUGAGGGGCU